UGGCUUUGGGUCCGUCCAUAAAAGUCUCCAGCCCACUUCCCCACUGUUUACUUUCUACUAGCCUCACCAUCCCCACUUCUCUAAAUCUGCCGCCUCACAUUCUCCUCCGCAGUUCCCAGCUUCAUUGUCCUUUUCAAAACUUUCACACGAUCAAGAAGUAGGACCAGAAGAAAAAAAGAUUAAUGGGGCUUUCAAGAUUUAUCCUUCUCUGCCUCCUCCUCCAAGCUUUCUUCUCGUUAGCCAGGUCACAGUCAUUUAUUGGCAUUAAUUAUGGUUUGGUUGCCGACAACCUACCACCACCGGCGGCCACCGCUAAACUCCUGCAAUCUACUGCUGUACAGAAAGUGAGACUCUACGGUGCCGAUCCAGCGAUUCUCAAGGCUCUUGCCAAUACUGGGAUUGGCAUCGUCAUUGGAGCCUCAAAUGGUGAUAUUCCUGCUUUGGGUUCAGAUCCCAACUCAGCUACUCAGUGGGUCAACUCGAACGUCUUGCCCUAUUACCCAGCAAGCAACAUCAUUCUCAUCACCAUUGGUAACGAGGUAGUGUUAUCUGGGGACCAAAACUUGAUCUCUCAACUGUUACCGGCAAUGCAAAAUAUGGAAAAUGCACUUAAAGCCGCCUCGCUCGGCGGCAAGAUCAAGGUCUCCACCGUUCAUUCCAUGGCCGUCUUGUCACAGUCCGACCCACCCUCUUCCGGAUUGUUCAACCCGUCUUAUCAAGAUACAAUGAGAGGGCUACUUCAAUUCCAGAGGGACAACGGGUCACCUCUUGCUAUCAACCCGUACCCUUUUUUCGCUUAUCAGAGUGACCCCAGACCAGAGACCUUGGCUUUUUGUCUCUUUCAACCUAACGCUGGACGAGUCGACUCGGGCAAUGGGAUUCUGUACAUGAACAUGUUUGACGCUCAGGUGGAUGCAGUGAGAUCUGCCUUGAAUGCAUUGGGAUUCAAGGAUAUUGAGAUAUUGGUUGCUGAGACAGGAUGGCCUUACCGCGGUGACAGUAAUGAAGUUGGACCCAGUAUUGAGAAUGCUAGAGCCUAUAAUGGCAAUUUGAUUGCUCACCUUAGAUCAUUGGUUGGCACCCCACUCAUGCCUGGAAAAUCUGUAGAUACAUACCUCUUUGCAAUCUAUGAUGAGGAUUUGAAGCCUGGCCCUGGCUCCGAAAGAGCUUUCGGCCUUUUCAAACCUGAUCUUUCUAUGACUUAUGAUGUUGGUCUCUCAAAGAGUAGUCUGACUCCAUCGACCCCGCAGACACCAGCAACUCCGUCAGUAAGACCGACAGGAGCAGCUUGGUGUAUGCCCAAGUCCGGUGUUUCUGAUGCUCAAUUGCAGGGAAGUCUUGACUAUGCCUGUGGUCAAGGGAUAGAUUGCAGCCCUAUUCAACCGGGAGGUGCCUGUUUCGAGCCAAAUACUUUAGUUUCACAUGCUGCUUAUGCUAUGAACCUCUACUACCAAGCUUCUGGCAAGAGCCCAUGGGACUGUGAUUUCUCGCAGACUGCUGCACUCACAUCCACAAAUCCCAGUUACAACAGUUGUGUCUACCCUGGUGGGAGUACCUGAAGAAAAGCAAGAGAAGAUUCAUCUGAUUAAUAGCUAAAAAAGAGAUGGUAAAUCUUAAUGGGGUUGUUAUUUAUAAUUUGUAAUUGUAAAUUCUUCCUUUGAUUGGGAAGCUUUGGUGUAGAUCUCUCUCUGUAUCUCUCUUCAUGUGUUUCAAAAAGUGUAAUUAUUUAAGAAGUGAACUCAAUUUCAGCAAAGUCACGUGGUUUUGUCA